GCCUUUCUAUGUACAAUUCCCUCCGGUAUAGGCCUCAAUUCCUCGAUUUCUCCAACUUCAUUGCAUUCAAAUUUCUGGGCAUUUUUCUAUUUCACUGUUUCACAAUUCUUGAAAUUCCGGCCAGGGGAAGAAUUGAAGAUGAUUUGCGAGUGCGAGCGCAUCCACGUCGCGGCGUUUCCGGUGGAGGAGAUCCCGGCGGGCGGCUACAUUUCGACGAGCGCGGUGGUGGGUCGCGUCCUGACGGAGCUCCGGUGCAACAAAGCCGGCGAGGGCUGCGGGUACAUCCUGUCGGUGACGAGGGUGAUCAGCAUAGGAAAGCCGAAGCUUUCGUCGGCGGCGGCGGCGCGGAAAUCCGUCCUCGUCCCGGUGAAAUUCCGGUUCCGGAGCUUCUUCCCCACCGCCGGCGAAACCAUGUUCGCCACCGUGUACCGCGUUUUGCAGCGCGGCGUGUUUCUCAGCUUCGGGCCGAUGAAAUACAUUUUUCUUCACCCCUCGAAAAUGCCCAAAUUCCGGUAUAUCGACAGCCCGGAAAGGCCGUGUUUCGAGCGCGAGGAUUUGGCGAGGAUUGAGAAGGAUGUUGUGGUGUGUUUGAAGGUGGUCGCCGUGAGAUGGUCGGACGUCGGAAUGGGGAAACGGGGGUUUCAGGUUAUUGCCACCGUCGACGGCGAUUCCCUUGGGCCGGUGUCGCUCGCCGGCGACGGGUUUGACUUCCCGUCUUCUGAUCUGUUGUAGAUAGUUUAUUACUCCGUAUUAGUUUUCCGCUCAUAUUGACAAUUCAAAAUUUCUGUCUUUAUAUUUUGUUAAAUGUUGUUUAGAAAUAUGUUGUAUAUGCACUUCUUUGGAACUUGGAAGUGGUCUUUGGUAAAUGAAAAUG